AUGUUAUCACCGAUCAAGAACAUUGUGGGUCUGGUGCUAUUCAUGUUAUCAUGGGUCCUAUGUUUUCUGGGAAAUCGACCUCUCUCCUCCGCCGUAUCAAGUAGGAGAUCAGCUCGGAAAGUAAAACAACAAUCACCAUCGCAAGAGUCAAUGGCAGAGAACCGCGAAAUGAAACGGCAGAACCCCACCGCUUUGUUCUUCGAUGACUUAGCUCCAGAUUUGGGAGAUUUAGAGUUGCAAUUCCGGUUAAACCACUUCGAGAAGCACGAAGCACAGCGAAUGGUGGAUUCCUUAUUGGUCUUGAGCUUCGUCUCAUCAAUGAUCAGAGAAGGUAGAUGGAGUGAUACAAACAAAGAGAGCACUCUACAAAGAUUUAACUAA